AUGCUACAGAGCAAAGAGCGAAAUUCUUGCCGCGUCAGCCCUCAAGACCUGCUCCUUCACUUGCCUUUGACCUGUGACAGUUUCCAAGUCAUGGCCCUUCGCAGCGUGUCUUUGUUGCUUUUGGUGGUGGUUGGCCACGCUCAUGAGACAGCACCAUCAAAGCCUGAUGCGACUGCUGCAGUUGGGCCAGCAAACGUGAAGCAGAUGGGAUCUUGGUACAUCUUCGACCUUGGCCAGUCCUGUGCUUGCCAAGCUUGUCCUGAAGAACUUGCAGAUGCCACAGGACACUUGCGAGGAAGCCAGGAGACUGCGCCAAAGGAGAUUCCAAGCCAGGAGAACCACGAGACAGAGCCCAAGCCAGCCGAAAAGCCUGACGCUGCCGAGCACACCAAGGACACUGAGGGCACCGAGACAAAGUUGAGUCUUAAGAGUCUGAAGAUCGCCCCAUCCACAGAGAAUGAGGACAAGUGGGAAGGUGCCAGUGUGAGCGGUAGCAACAUGCUCUACUGCAAAUGCGGCAAGAAGUGCGCAUAUGGUCGGCAGUUGGGUCUCUACACUUACUACUGCUUCCGCUACGGCUGCAAUGUGAAGCAGAUGGGAUCUUGGUACAUCUUCGACCUUGGCCAGUCCUGUGCUUGCCAAGCUUGUCCUGAAGAACCUGCAGAUGCCACAGGACACUUGCGAGGAAGCCAGGAGACUGCGCCAAAGGAGAUUCCAAGCCAGGAGAACCACGAGACAGAGCCCAAGCCAGCCGAAAAGCCUGACGCUGCCGAGCACACCAAGGACACUGAGGGCACCGAGACAAAGUUGAGUCUCAAGAGUCUGAAGAUCGCCCCAUCCACUGAGAAUGAGGACAAGUGGGAAGGUGCCAGUGUGAGCGGUAGCAACAUGCUCUACUGCAAAUGCGGCAAGAAGUGCGCAUAUGGUCGGCAGUUGGGUCUCUACACUUACUACUGCUUCCGCUACGGCUGCAAUGCGUGCUAA